CCGACUUGCCCCGUACAGUAGCCUAGUUUACCCGCCUGGGCUGGGAUCAUCCGCCGACCACCGCCGGGUCGACUCUCCUCCUCCCAGAUCUCCCCGUCCAUGAAGUGCCACUCGGUGGCCGCGCUCUGGUCGCCGUCGCCGCCUUCCCACCACAUCACCGCCGUCGCGGCCACCCCCGCCGCGCUCUUCACCGGCGCCGCCGACGGCACCGUCCUCCACUGGCCUCUCCCUCCUUCCCCGCCCUUCUGCCCACGCCCCUCCUCCCUCCUCUGCGCCCACGCCGCGGCCAUCACUGCCCUCUGCCCCCUCCCCUCCCCCGCCUCCCUCCUCGUCUCCUGCACUGCCGGCGUCAUAUCCCUCUUCUCCGCCUCCGCCCCCCUCCGCUGCCUCCGCCGCCGCUCGCUCCCGCCCUGGGCCGGCUCCCCUUCCCUCGUCGCGCUCCUCCCCACCACCUCCUCCUCCGCUUCGUCGAACCCCCGGGUCGCGAUCCUCUGCCACCCCCACGACGACGGCCACGCCCACCGCCACGUGUCUGCACUUGUCGUCGUCGAUGCCCGCACCCUCACGGUCCUUCACACCGCCUUCCUCGGGGCCCUCUCUGUCUCGCUCCCGAGGGCGAUCGCGCUCACGGUCUGCAGCGAUGACAAUGCCGUCAGUGUUGUGCUGGCUGACGCGCAGGGGCGGGCGCAGAUGGUGCCCGUGGUGGAGGGCGCGGCCGUCGAGGGUGACUCGCCGAGGCGGCUCAGCGUGAGUUCCUUGUCCAGCUUUGCAUCUGCAGAGGCGCCGGAUGGUACGGUGGAGGCCGUGGCGUUAUCGGACGACGGGAAGGUCGUUGCCUUGGUGCUGAAGACGAGCUGUUUGUUGAAAUGCGUUGUCGAGGGUUCCGUGCUGGGUGAGGUGUCUCUGGCGAACACUUCGCUAUGCAAGGAGGAGGAAACAGGGGUCAAGGGCUGCCUUUCUGGAGGGUUUUUUCUCCACGGAGGGGAGUGGGGAGGCCCUCACUCUGAGGAUGGCACUGUGGUCAGGAGCUUGGUGUUGUGGAGCAGCAAUGGUGGUGCCAUGGUGUACAAGGUUGCUGUUGGUACUCCUCCUUUGUUUGGGUGUGAGGCUGUAUGUAAAAUUCCUGGUAUUUCAUCCGAGCAGGGAGAAAUGCCAGUAGUUCAAUAUUGCCAGAUGGGCAACUGUCUUAUUAGGAUGGAAUCCCGUCCGUAUAAGAUUGGUGGUUCCUUGUUUUGGAAACCGUUCAUCUCCAUAUGGUCUAUGGAUCAACUAGAUUUGAGUAUUGCAAUGAACACAGAGAGCCCACCUUUGAGCAAAGUUCUUGGAGAAGGCAGUCUUCAGGGAGAAGAAUUUAGGUCAGAGCUCUCUAAUUCACUACCCAAUUCAGACAAUGGAGUGGAAAUAAGUUCACAGAUGUGCUCAGCAUACAUCAAUGGAUCGGGAAAGCAUGGAAGGACCGUGUCUUCUUCGAUGGUACUUUCCGAGGAUUCUUAUGCUCCAUAUGCCAUAGUUUAUGGUUUCCAUAAUGGUGACAUAGAAGUUAUCCGAUUUCUCAAUCUGUUGCCAGCCGCACAAUUUGGUAGCGGAGGGGUUUACCCACAUAUUUCUGAAAGAUUUUUCUUGGGGCACAAGGGAGCAAUUCUUUGCUUGGCUGCACACCACAUGCAUGCCCACUCUGACUCUAGAAGCUUUCGACGAGCACUCAUAUCGGGGAGUUUGGAUUGUACGAUUCGUGUCUGGGAUCUUGAUGGCGGCUCCCUCCUUUCUGUGAUGCAUCACCAUGUUGCGGCGGUUAAGCAAAUAAUACUACCACCAGCUUCGACUCAUCAGCCUUGGGAUGAUUGUUUUGUUUCUGUUGGAGAAGAUGGCCUUGUAGCACUUGUUUCUCUUCAAACCAUGCGUGUCGAGAGGAUGUUUCCUGGGCAUUCUUGUUACCCAUCAAUGGUUGCUUGGGAUGGAGUAAAAGGGUACAUUGCUUGUUUAUGCCGUAGUCUGCACUCUUGUAAUGACGUGGGCAGCAUAUUGUAUAUAUGGGAUGUGAAAACAGGUGCUCGAGACCGAAUUAUUAGAGGGACAACAUCUCAAUCAGUAUUUGAACACUUCUGUAGGGGCAUUUCCAAAAAUUCAGUUACUGGCGGCAUCUUGGGAGGGACAACUUCAGCAUCUUCCUUACUUGUUCCAAUUUUGAAAGGCACCCAGUCUCCUGCAAAUAGAAAUGGGAUGAACAUCUCAUCUAUACCAACGAACCAUCACAAUGCUGCAGAUUCCAUAGCUUUGAGUGUCUCUGCUGCGCAUGAUGUGAAGGGGAAGACACCAGCUCCAGUUGAUAGAGAUAAUUCUGCAUAUAGUUCAGGAAAAUCUGGCUCUGCCCAGAUAACAAACAAAAGAAGAAAGUACCCCAUAAAGUGCUCAUGUCCAUAUCCCGGCAUUGCAAGUUUGAGAUUUGACCUCACUGCAAUUAUGUCCGCACAAGGCAUGUCAAACAGCAAUAGUGAUAGGCAGUUGAGAGAUCAUCUUUGUGGUGAUGCUAACAAAGAAACUAUGCCGCCUGGAGCUUUAAAUAAUACCUCUGGGAUCCUAGAAAUGGAUAGCCCAUCUAGAGAGUCAUUGGAAGGGCAAUUACUUCGAUUUAGUCUCUGUUUUCUGCAUUUGUGGGAUGUUGAUUGUGAGCUGGACAAAUUACUUGUGGAUGAGAUGCAAGUUUGCAAGCCAGAAGGUUGUCAUAUAGCUACAGGGGUGGUAGGGGAUAGAGGCUCGUUUACGGUGAUGUUCCCAGGGAAAGAAGCCACUCUUGAGAUUUGGAAGUCCUCUGCUGAAUUUUGUGCUAUGAGGUCGCUGUCAAUAGUUUCUCUUGCCCAACGCAUGAUCACAUUAUCUCGAUCUUGUACAAAUGCUGGCAGUGCCUUGGCAGCUUUUUAUACAAGACACUUUGCUGAGAAAGUCCCAGAUAUAAAGCCCCCAUCCCUCCAGCUUCUGGUGAGCUUUUGGCAACAUCCUUCUGAACAUGUGCGAAUGGCUGCCCGCUCCUUAUUUCACUGCUCAGCUCCUCGCUCUGUUCCAUUACCCCUCCGUGUACAGAGAAAUAAAAUUCCUGAUCACUUGUCUUUAUCUGAUCAUAUGGACAAGCUUAUCCCAGAGAUGCAGAGUGCCUCAGUAUCUAGUUAUGGACAGUUCAAGGUGGAUGACGAAAAUCUUGAUAGGGAUGAUGAUGAUACUUCUCAGAUAAGCUCAUGGCUGGAAUCAUUUGAAAAUCAGGAGUGGCUAUCUUGGAUUGGAGGAACAAGCCAGGAUGCAGUGGCAUCAAAUAUCAUUGUUGCAGCUGCUUUCGUUGUUUGGUACCCAAGCAUUGUGAAAGUUAAGCUUGCAAAGUUGGUUGUCAAUCAACUAAUCAAGUUAGUUAUGUCGAUGAAUGAUCGUUACAGUUCAACUGCAGCUGAGCUUCUAGCGGAGGGAAUGGAAAGCACAUGGAAAAUAUGUUUGGGGACUGACAUCACUCAUUUCUUGAGUGACGUCCUUUUCCAAAUUGAGUGUCUAAGUAGUGCACCUUCUAGCAAUGUCAUCUAUAAAACUGCAGUUGCUGUUACAAUGAGGGAGUCAUUAGUUGGCACCCUUCUACCAAGCUUGGCUAUGGCUGACAUAAUGGGAUUUUUUGGUGUAAUAGAAAGUCAAAUUUGGGCUACUUCAUCUGAUUCACCUGUUCACGUAGUCUCGCUCAAAACUCUCAUCCGAGUACUUCGAGGCUCUCCAAAGGCCCUGGCUCCUUAUCUUGACAAGGCAAUCAGCUAUAUCCUACACACGAUGGAUCCAAGCAAUUUAAUAAUGCGUAAAGCUUGCAUUAUCAGCUCAAUGAUGGCUCUAAGAGAAAUUGCCCGUGUAUUUCCAAUGGUUGCUCUCAAUGAAUCAAUGACAAGAUUAGCUGUUGGUGAUGCUAUUGGAGAGAUUCACAGUGCCACAAUUCGUGUUUAUGACAUAGAAAGUGUCACAAAAAUAAGAAUUCUCGAUGCAUGUGGACCACCAGGUCUUCCAAGCUUUCUCAAAGGACCAUCGGAUACAACAACAACCAUACUGAUAACAGCUUUGAGUUUCUCACCAGAUGGAGAGGGCCUUGUCGCUUUCUCGGAGAACGGAUUGAUGAUUAGAUGGUGGUCUCUUGGUUCAGCCUGGUGGGAGAGGCUAAGCAGAAGCCUUUCUCCUAUUCAGUGCACAAAACUUAUCUAUGUUCCUCCAUGGGAAGGAUUUUCACCCAACUCAGCUCGCCUAAGUAUUAUUUCUAACAUCUUGGGACAUGAUAAACAUCAAAAUUCAGAGAGCAAGACGAGGGAACUAGAUGAGGCUGAUAAUCUAAAACUGCUGUUACAUAAUCUUGACCUUUCUUACCGCCUUCAUUGGGUUGGUGGAAAGACCAUUAAACUUACAAGGCAUGAUCAGGACCUGGGUACAUUUCAGUUGUGAUUAAAAGAUGAGUUAUGGCUUAUCGAUAGCUUAUGGAUCUGGUUGAGUUGCCUUGGAGUUUUAGUAGGCAGAUGUAUUGAAGUCUGACGAGGGUGCAAAGUAAAGCGAAGCCACCAAGUGACAGUCAUAUAUCAUCACCAACAGGAUUGUUGAUUACAAUAUUACAUGGAGUUCUCUGGAAGGAGCAGUUCUGUUUCACCAUCAGGCUACAAAUGCAGCAUGCUUUCUGAUUGACAGAUCAAGUAGUGGCAACCUAAGUAUCAUUAGUGGGAGCUGUCGAGAGUCAGGAGCUUCUCUCCGUUAACUAUCAGCUAACGGCUUGAAGAGUUGAAGGAUAUCAGAAUGUCAGAUUCUGGUAGUCACUUUCUUGAGUUCAGCACACAUCUUUCUUCGUUCUACUGCUUUUCAUCAAUGCUGUACUACCAUCACAGAUACCACCUGAAGAGAUGGACUCGUAGUUUUGAGAUGACAGACACCAAAGGGACAUUUCACCAAACUAGCAAUACUUUUAUAAUUGAAUAUAGAUAAAUCCUGAUUUACUGCAAGGCAUGUUUUCCGGCUUAUGCAAGGGAAUGUACAACUGAGGUUGAUCUGAAGUGUUAGAAUUUGCCUGACAAGAACGCUGUAAAGUGUAAAAUGUAAAUGUUUGUUAUUGUACAAGUUCUUUUUGGCAUUUUACACCCAUGUAAGAACUAUUCAUGUUGGACUUA